ACACCGAUACAGAGACCAUCAAAUGAAGCUGACAAUUUUGCUACUCUGCAGCUGUGUGGCGGCUCUUAGCGCCAGCAAUGCUGAACCCCCAAGCUCGAAAGACAACUCUCGAAAAUUAUUGAUGCAACAGAAGUUUCUGCUCGAAGUCUUGUGGCAAGUGCAGGAACCAUUGGGGCCCGACUACUGUCAAGGCAUCGAAUACGUGGCUGAUGAGGCGCUUUAUGAGAAAUAUGACAGUGACAUGCAACGCUUCGUAAAAGCAGUGCGCCACCAGCGCUUGCUGCCCAGGAGUGAUUUCUUCAGCGCGCUAGUGCGCACGCAUCACGCACAGGCGCUGGGACUAUUCAAAUUAUUUUAUUAUGCCAAAGAUUGGCAAACUUUCGAGCAGAAUGUGUGUUGGGCGCGUGCGAAUAUCAAUGCAGGCAUGUUCGUGUACGCGCUCAAUUUGGCCGUUACGCAACGCGUGGAUUGUGUGCAGUUUAGCCUACCGCAAAUCUACGAGAUAUUGCCACAGCAUUUUUUCAACAGUCAGCUGGUUAAUAAGGGUAUGCGCUUUAGUGAGCGACAGUGGGAACGUGAGCAGGCAGUGACGAACGAAAGCGCCAACGUCUUGCAGGACUGGCUGCCAUGGCAGUGGUGGAAGUUCAUGGGGCUGUCCGAUGAGCGUUGGUACAAAGACGAACAAAACUCGCAUGCGGAGAAGGCUACGGAAUUUAAUGAGGUGAUUAGUGGCAUCACCAAAUAUUGGACGCCUGUAGACUAUACGCGCGAUAUCUCGAUGUUGAAUCCAGAGUCACAACUUUCAUACUUCUUCGAGGAUGUGGAUUUCAAUCGCGCUUGGUAUGACUUCCAUCUCGAGUAUGCACCGUUCCUCGAUGAGCGCGAAUUUCCGCUGUAUGAUAAUAGGGCCGGUGAAUUGUGGAUUUAUUACACACGUUUGAUUAUGGCUCACUACAAUAUGGAACGCCUGUCACACGGCAUGGCGCCAUGGGAGGAUAUGCUGCUUUCACUCUCACUAGCCACAGGCUACAAUCCACAAUUAGUAAGCUGGAAUGGCUUAACAUUCUGGCAACGCUACAAUAAUUGGGAGUUUGAGGACUACGGUUUUCCCGAAACUAUCGAUUUGGUGUUGCAAUUAACAGAUGAAAUCUAUAAAUUGGGCGAUACUGGCGCCUAUUGGCAUACGAAUGGCACUUUGCUUAAUUUUCAUCAGCCUGAAAUGCAGCAACAUUUCUACAAUAUAAUUCACGGAAAUGUUAAUGGUUUCCAACCGAAAGUGCAUCAAACCUAUUGGUAUUACUCAUUCAUGUUUCUUGCCCAAGUCGACUAUGACCAAUUCAGUAAGGUUGGCCCCCAUGUGUUGCUCAACCACGAGACGGCGCUACGUGAUCCACUCUUCUACACGGUAAUGAACUAUAAAGUGCUGGAUAUGUGGCGAAGAUAUAUCGUGCAUUUACCCGCCUACACUGCCACAGAUUUAGGCGCGGAUGGUAUUGAGUUGGUCAGCGUUCAAAUGGAUCCACUGGUCACCUACUUUGAGUAUGCGGAUUUCGAUGUGAGUAAUUUGUGGAGCGCGAAAGUUAAUUUAACUGACUCGCAUGCCGCUAUUUAUGCACGCCAACAACGUCUCACGCACAAACCUUUCCGCUACACACUGCACAUACAGUCGAAAACCGCAUCCAAAGUUAUGGUUCAGUCUUUCCUCGCUCCUAAAUACAAUGAACGUGACGAGCUGAUAUCGCUUGAGAAAAAUCGCGCAAAUUUCCAAAACCUUGACAACUUUGUGGUUGAUUUGCAAGUCGGCGACAAUGCGGUGAUGCGCCCGGAAAAAUACGCUUUACCUGCGUCCAAACGCUGGUCCUUUAGUGAAAUGUUUUUCAUUAUCGAGCACUGUUUGCAAAAUGGUCUGGAAUACCCAACGCACUUGAAACAACCUCAAAGCAGCUAUUUUCGACGUUUGGAUGUACCAAAGGGUAGACCUGAGGGUUUCCCCGUGGUACUUUUCUUCCUCGUUAGUCCGUAUAGCGAUGAGUCCCCAAGAGUAUCCUACAGUUAUCCUUUCGAUCGUAUGAUCGAGAGCGAAUCUGCCUUCCAAGUGCCGAAUGCGCAUUUCAAGGAUGCGAUGAUCUAUCACGUAGACCAUAAGAAAAAUGUCGAAGAAUAUGUGGUGCUAUAUGAGAAUUUUGGAAAAUUCGAUGAGAACUACUGGAAAUUGGAUUAAGUGUAAGUGUAAAAUUAUUGUUGAAGAGGCCACUUGAAUAAAUGUUAUAUCUAGAGAAAUGGUCGAUCACCAAGAUCAUUUAGCCGCAUGUAAAAAACAUGAAAUAUUUCAUUGAGAGUAGGACGAUUAUAUUCGAAUAAGCAUUUGAAGUGUUGGUGAUGGUGGUGAGUAUUGGGCGGAUCACCUUCACAUAUAGCCUUAUUAGUAAGGGGACUUAGCGCUGCGACCUGAAUGAUCUACAUAUAAUGCCCACUUCAUGGACUCAAGAGAUUUCACUAAACCCAAGUUAUAAUUUCGUUGAAUAAGCUUUAAAACUUUUACUAUUUUAAUAAAAAAAUAAUUAGAAAAAUAA